ACUAAACUCAGUCCAUGGAUUCAUCCAUUCAGAUGAGACCUGUCCUUAGCGAGUCGAAAUCGCGAAGUAAUACCCCCAAUAUCUCACCUCUUUGACUCUCAACAUCAGGCUUCCACUGAAAAUAUGUCAUGGGAUUCUAAAUCGGCGUUACAUCGCCGACAGAGCAGCAAUGCCGGCGCCCCCAAAACGCUCCCUAUCCACACUCGCGAACAGUCGGAAGCAACAAUCCAGCCCAAAUCAAGCCAUGUGGCAGACGACUUUCUACAGAGCUUCUUGGACCCUUCGUUUGACCCAGCAGCGUACCUGAAUGCUACCUUACCACCGCUUCAACAUGGUAGCCACCAUUCAUCAAGAAGCAACGGCAACGGCCAGGCCGUCCUGCUGGCCGAGUUGUCCAAUGAGGCGCAAGCGCUGCUGUCCCAGCUCAACAUCCACACGACGAGGCUUUCCGGCACGUUGACCCAGUUGACGGACGACAUCCUCCGGAGCGGUAGCCGACUCGCCUAUGAAGUCGAGCUUCUCCGAGGUGAGACUCUGAGUCUUGCUGAGACGAUGAAUGAGACGCUGCAGGAGGAUAUCAAGAAGUUCGCACCGAGUGGUGUGGAUCAGGAGGCGAAGGAAGCGUCACCCAAGGCCACGGAUGAUCAAGAAAGGAGAGAAUCCGUGGGCGCCAGCAAGACUGGCGACGAUGAGGCCAUAGGCACGGAUGGCAAAGCGGAAACCUCAGAACCGCCGUACAUCAAUCAAUUGCGGACGCUGACGGUGGUCCGCUCCCGCCUCGACACCGUCAUCAAGACCUUUGGCGACGCCAUGGAAUUCGUCUUCCCACCUUCGGAGCUCUCAGUCAGCUCGUCCUUCCUCUCCGUCUCGGCGCCUGAUCCCGGCGCGGAGCAACACAGCACGGAGGAGAAGGGCCAGCAGGUGCUGCAGGGUCUGCGAGACGAGAUCUCGCAGCUGCUGACCAAGUCAGAGGAUCCCGUCAAGGGCAUCGAGAAGGCGGCGCAGCGGAUCGAGGAGCUAAAGGAGCUCAACAAGGUGUGGAAGGGCACGGCGGAGGAGAAGGGCAGGACAAAGUUCAUUGAGAGCCUGGCUAAAAUGGUGGAGGACCGGCAUCGGGAUCUCAUGAGGGAGGUUGAUCAGGCGAGCAGGAGAGAUGGGAACGAGGGGCGGGCGAGGAAGGGAAGCGUUCAUGCUGAUGCCGCGGAGACCAAGACGUAUCUUGGAGGAUACGGCUUGAUGAGCCAGCUUCAGAAGCUCAGGAAUGGUUUAUAAACAUUAUGAUCGAUCAGACCAAGCAAAUCAAGGAGCUUUACAUGCAAGCGGUGAUUCACUGGAGUCUGGGCUUCUGGGUGGCAGUGAGUGUGAGUCCUCGUAAGAUAGAGCGGCAAGUAUCCGUACGAAUACACAUAAACUCAAUAGCAUGAAGAUAGAGGAAGACAAGGUUACUAGUGAGAGGUAGAGGUCUGUUGUUAUGUAAUAUCUCACAUUAUCUCACAAUUGUUGACUGCAAGU